AUGGCCUUCGCUCCUAUUGGUCCUUUGACCGGCGAGCAUGGCCAGGCUCUCUCAAAGCUACUCACCGAGGGCAUAUACUCCGAUCUCAAAAUCACGUGUGGCACCGAUGAAUAUGCUGUCCACAAAGCUAUCGUCUGUUCUCGAUCCCCCGUCUUCGCUCGUGCCAUUGGUGGCGUGUUCACGGAGGCCAAGACUGACAUUAAACUGCCUGACGAUGAUCCCGUUGCUGUCAAAAUGAUGAUCAACUACCUAUACACUCAGAGCUACGUGCCUCCAGAGGCGCCUGCUGCUUCUGAGUCUGAGACAACUUCCACCCAGAAGUUGAAGCCGGAGCCCAUUUCAGCUAAAAGACAGUGUGUGAGCCAAGCUAGUCUUUCCACUCUUUUCUCUGCCCCGACAUCCACUGCAUCGCCGAGACCUGUUCCCUCUCAGCCCAGAGCUCAAGUUUCUAGCGUCCGACGUGACAGCCAUUGGGGUUCGCCAUCCGGGCCGCCGAAGAACCCCUUUGCCCCUACCCAUGCCGCGCCAGCUUCAGACCCCCCUGCUCCACCACGACCCCCGAAUCUCGUUCUGCACGCAAAGGUCUACCAGCUAGGCGAAAAGUACGGGAUGAAAGAUCUCAUGGCCCUUUCUCUCUACAAGUUUAGGGACGAAGCUGUGACCCACCAUCACAGCGACUCGUUCCGACAUGCUGCACGCUUUGUCUACGGCUCGACUAUCACGCAAGAUCGUGGAAUGCGCAACGCUGUUGUCCAAGCAGUCAAGACAAACAUCGAUUUACUCGAUGAUAAGGCGUUUCAAGUCGUCAUCAAGGGCACUGAGCUGGGAUUUGAUCUUCUCCUGAGCCUCACUCAGACUCGACGUGGAGAACUCAAGCGAGAGGCGUCCUCCUUGUAG